CUUAGAAAUUUCUGUAUGUUAUAAUUUGCCUUCGUAUGCCCUCUCUUAAUAUAACACAUGGGUUGCCAUCUUGCCUUCAUGUUGUGUGUGAAGGCUAGACCUCCAGUGAACUAGGUAAUCUCUUAGUGUAGGUACUAACUCAAACCUAGCACUUAGUACUAAAUAUGCUAUUUCUAGGGUUCUUCGGUAACCGGUUUCCUUUGCAGUUAUUGUAUUAUAUUGAUCCCAACUAGAGUAGGAGUCUGUAAUUUUAAAAGGGGGCGGGGGUGUCAAGGAUUGAACUGUAAAAGAAGUGUGCACCUAGGCACUUGAUGUGGACAUAACAGCAUCUUAGCUGAGAGCUCAGUUAAGAUUAGUACUGAUAUGUCCGUCUGUCUAAAGGGUUUGUUUUAUUAAUGAGGCUCUUUUUAGGCUUUGGGCUUAAAGCCCAGAGAGAGAGAGAGUUAGAGCAAGCUGACAAAGAGCAAGUGUUUCCUUUAUCUAUAUGGGCUGCCAUGAGAAGGUAUGGCCUAGAUUUAAGGUGUGUCUUCCACCUCCAAUAAUCCAAUCAGGAAAAGUCCCUCAGCGGUGUAUCCAGCCACUGGGCAUCAUGUUGACAUGCUUAAACCUAUUCCUAAGAGCAUGACUUAGCCUACCUUGGUGCUGCUUAACUCUGAGUAACACUAAGAUCAGUUGUCCUUUCAAGGAAAAAAAUGUUCUCAUAGAGCCCAGUGUUGCUUUUUGCUUCUGAUAAUAUGUAAAUAUAUUAAGAAUAACAUGAAACGCUUGUGAGAAUACAAUUAAACAUACAAAUUAAAUGCAAAUGAAUUUAUAAAGUCAGUUGCAAUGCCCACUGGGUGUUUGUUUAGUUCCACCUAAAUGUUUACUCCUGGACUCAUAGGGUCAUUGGUGCCAGCUUACUCAAGGAUGAAGGACGGCAGCCAGUUUUCUUGUGGAGAUGAUCAGAUCUUACUUGCCUUCAGUUUAUACCCCAAGGAAACAUGAUAGUGAUUGUCACUUCCUAUGGAGUGGGAACGGUGGAGUUGCUACUGGGAUCUAGUGGGUAAGGCAAGGAUGCCACUAAGAUUCUUAGAAUGCACAGAUUGGCACCCCACAGUUGAGAACUAUGUGACCCAAAAUGCCCAGUGGGCCCAUUUUUAGCCUACUAGUGACAGCAUAAGUGAAAGGUAAGGAGAUUCCUAAAUGGGUGUCAAAAGUAGCCUUGGCAUUAGGAAGUAACUACUAAUAAGAAUGGUUCUUCAGGGAGUGAUGAGAAUGUUCUGGAAUUAAUGAUGGCUUUGAAAGCUUAUAUAUUAAAACCAUUGAGUUGUAUACUUCAAAGGGGUGAAUUUUUUGACAUGGUUUAUAUUUCAAAGAAAACAGAGUUUCAGUUUAAAAAAUUAUGCAGUGUUGAUGAGACUUAUAAUUCAUUCUUUUCUCUCUGGUGCAAACCCACUGCAUUGUGGGAAUGAAUACACCACAGAUGACUUUCUGUGGAUUGUUUUCAGUUGUGCUGUUUCAGCUACUUCCAUGAUCAUGGUGGUGCACAUCAUCUUGUCACAUAUUUCUGCUGCACAUAUUGUGGAAUUGCUGGGCCAGAUGAGAGGGACAUUGGGCUGAGCUCUUAAGUCUUGCUAGAACAUCUUGACAGUGGACCCACUAACACUCCCACCAGCAGUGCAGGAGAGUGCUUGCUUCUUCCUGUGCCUUUGUCAAUACCAGGUAUUUAGGAGCCCAGGGAACAUUCUGGCUGUUCUAGUGGGCAAAGUAUCAUCUUAGUCGUUUGGGUAGGCAAUUUUCCGUUUCUCUGAUGACUUGCUUAUUAUGCUCAUUAACCAUUGGGAUAUUCUGUGCGAAGUCUUUAUUCAGUAUUUUGCCUACUGAUCAGUUGUCAAUUAACACUGUGGCCAGGACCUCCCAUUCUAAUUUUCAUUGUAGUAUAUUGUAAACAAUUUUAAUGUAGUCAUUUAAAUCCUUAUUACUUAUGGUUACCUUUUUAUGAUCUGUUUAGGAAAUUACUACCUACUCCCAAGAUCAUGAAAACAAUUACAUUUUUCUUUCACAUUACAUCUCCAAUCUGUCCAGGAGGAGCGGGGUGUGAAAUAGGAUCAGGCCACUUUUCCCCAAUGCAGUCCAAUCCAAUCAAUGAGAUGUAGCAUGCUGAUUGUAUUCCUUGAUGAGUGGUAACAUGUUCUCAGCAUUCAGUUGUAUUCAAAGUUAAGAGGAAAUUUUCAUACACUUUGCACCACAGUAUAUCAUUUGGGUUGCCUUUGGCAUGCAUUAAUCAGUUCUUAGCUCAAUGCUUUUAAGCUCUAAUUAGCCCAUAAUUCUAAGUGAUGCCAGGUGCAAAUAUAUUUCCAGACACAAAUGCAGGUUCAAGUACAGAAACCUUGUGAUCAUUCCUGUUUUUAACAUGCAGUAAUAAUACUUGAGCUAUGUGACUUACAAACUGGCUCAUUUAAUUCCCACCAGUCCCAAAUGGGCCUGGGGGAGCAGAUGGGACUGCAAGCAGAGUAGUUCCCUCUUUAGAGAAGGCACUGAGAACUGAUGAGAAAACAUUGUGUGUUACUCUAACACAUAAGGCUCAUUUUACAGAUGACCAAACUAGGAAACCCUCAGGAACUUGCCCAAAGCCACAGUUACUGAGGGCAGAAUCUCUAGUACCAAAUCCCAGGCCACUUUGUUAAUAAAAGUUGUAACUUGAAGUUUAGGUGUGCUUUUACACUAGAUGUGAGGCCUACUUCUAGUAGGGGUUGUUGCUAUACUAUGAAGAACUUUGCUUGCUUCCUAACAAUAUUAAAUUACAGAAACUGUUUAGAGUUAAUGUAGUAUUCAAAGGCCUCAGACAUUAGUGAUGUAACUAUUUCGUCAAUUAUGAUGUUUUGGUUCAGGUUCUCUUCAUCAGUCAGUCACACUAUACUAACCACCCAUUAAGCGGUAAGAAUGUAGCCCACUGUCUCACCCUCCAGUGGAGGGUAUUUCUUUAACUGCAUAGAAACACUAGGAGUACAACUCUUUUCUUAAAUGUUUAUGAAAGAGUGGCCUUGUAAGGUACAUCUUGAGAUUCAUUCAAGUAAAUUUCAACAAGCAGCUCAAAGCUCUCAUGGCUGUUGACUUCUCAGCUUACAUUUGAAGUCCCUUCUAAUAUACUGUAUACAGUACAGGAAGUCAUUAAGACACUCCUGCCUGCCUUGAACGCAUUCCUAACUCUUAAGCAGCCACACGCAACGGAGGGAUUUAUGACAACUUAUUUUGUGGAGGUGACCAGUUAGUGCGUCUGAGAGAACGCGGUACCUGUCUGCACUAGCAGUAAGGGCAGGCGGGGCUCGUGUAGGUCUUUAUAAGCUCCCCUUGGCUAGGCGGCAGAUGCUUCUCUUAGAAGCCCUGAAGGUCAAACAGGUUGUCCUGGAGUCCAUCCCUACUUUUCUGAAGUUGCCCAUUGCUGUGACUUGUUACUGGUUGCAGUCCACAGAAGCCAAGGCAAAGCUCCAUCAUCUGCAGGCCCUACUGCUGGGGAUGCUGAGGGAACCCUUGCAUGCCAUCGUCAACAGCCCUGGCACUGAAGAUCCACAGAGAGGUGGUGCCAAGAUGUUGUAUGAAGAAUUAUGCCAGGUGAAGGCACCCAUGCGGCCGGGUCCAAGAGUGGAUUUAGACACAGCGCACGUCUUCUGUCAGUGGCAGUCCUGUCUCCAGAUGGGGUUAUAUCUCAACCAGCUGCUGUCCACUCCUCUGCCAGAGCCAAACCUAACUUGGUUGUACAACGGAAGCCUGGUCCACAGACUCUGCCAGCAACUGCCAGCAUCUAGUUCUGUAGAAAGCCUCCUGAGUCUAUGUCCUGAGGCAAAGCAACUUUAUGAACAUCUGUUCAAUGCCACAAAAUCAUAUGCCCCAGCUGAAUUGUUCUUACCAAAAACUAAAUCAAAAUCCAAAAAAAAGAGGCAGAAGAAAAAGGUUGCCAGCCUGGGAACCACUGCAGAUGCCAAGCACUGGUAUGACAGAAGCAACCGGUUUGGACCGUUAAUGCCUGAAAGCUUGGAGGAGCAUGUAGAGAACUCAGAGCUUGAAUAAACAGUCUGUAGUACACAAGAUUUACAGUUCUAGCUUGUAAAAUGUCUCUUACCUCACUUGAAGCUAAUUUUUCUUUAGGACUAAAGUUUAUAAGAGAUCAUCUUAAUACUAAGAUAUUUGUACUAUACUUUUAAUACAGCCUAAUUUAAGAAAUGUCUGUAUUUAUUUAUAUGUGUGUUGGGGAUGGAGAACCAUUGUACUUGUGUGGAAGUCAGAGAGCACCUUGUGAGAGUUGGUUCUGAUUCCAUCAUGUGAGCUCCAGGGAUCACCCUCAGGUUGUCAGGCUUAGAAGCGUCUCACAGGCUCUGAGUCAUCUGUAGUUCUUCAGUGUGCUUUCUUUCACUCCUCAUGGUCCUUUUCAGCAAAUAGUAAUACCUUAUAAUCUUAAUGCUGCAUAUACUCAUAAUUUUCAUAAAAUCCAGUAGUAAUCAUUUUAUUUUAAAAGGUUUUGGGUUUUUUUAAAUUUUUGUUUGUUUGUUUGAAAAGUGUGGGUCAUAAAAUAGUCAGGUGGUCUGAAAGUUAGAAAUGUGGGCUGGAGAGAUGGCCUGGCCAUUAAAGGCUAGGCUCACAACCAAAAAUAUAAGCAAUGUAGUAAAUUAGACUACAUAUAGUAAACUCAUAGGUACACUACAGGUCUUAGAGCACAUUGUAACUGUUACCAGCCCCAAACAUAUUUACCAUCCUAAGCUUGUAAAUGUACAGCAGAAGAGAAAUGAAAAUCUCAGACCAAUACUGGACUCCCAACUCUUCCACAUGCUGGGUUUUGCAAAGGACUCCAGCACUUCAUUUUGAUUUUUGCUGUGCUACAGAUCCAACCCAGGCCCUGUGCAUGCUAAGCAAGCAUUCUACUGAGGUACACCCUCAGCUACUAGCCAGCACUUUGUAAAUCAAACAAUUAGGAUAGAAAAUAGCAGAUAAAACACCUCUUAUUUAGUGAUUAUGAAAGUAUUUAUCUUCCUAUAGUCAACUAUAGGGUAUGGUGACAAAUCCCUAUAAUAUGGAAGUCAGAGGGCUGAGACAGGAAGGUUGAAGGUUUGAAUUCACCUUGGGCAACAUAUUAAGCUUUGUAUUAAGAAUCCAAAUGUUCAAGAGGUGCUAUUUUAAAACUACUAAUACCAUCGGAUUUAUAAUGGUGCUGCCAGUUCUGAAUCUCAGAGAAGCAAGAAUGGGUAAGUGGGAUGACCAUAGUGGGUCAAGUCUCAAAGUGUAGUCUAACUUGCACAGCUGUGGUCCUUCUACUGUUGAACCACUGGUAUAUUCCAUCAGUCAUUUCUAUGACGGCUGAAAGUUGCCAACUGUGAGCCAGCCCAUCUGUAGUUCUUAACAGUUAGCAAUUUUCUUGUUGUGGGUUGGUCUGGUACUGUGAUAUGUAUUCAAAUUGCUAAAUUCUACCCCAAAAUCAGGUUGUCCCAAGUCUACUGACUUCUUAUGUAUAGCAGUUUUUGUUGUGCAAAUCUUGUUCCUCAAUUACUGGAGGGAAGAGAGGUAGGUGUGUUUUCAGUUACCAAGUACAAAGACCAGACUUGGCUGCUGCAUACUGAGACAGAAGUUACCCAGAGGCAAAUCAGAGGAAGAGUCGCUAUAUGUGACUUUUGGCCUGGCCUUUCUUUUCCUCCUAAUUUCCUUUGUCUGACUGGCCUUUUAAGAUUAAAAUAAAUAAUUAAAAAAUUCAGGUCUAAGAGGCAACAAGAAACCUUAGAUAAGCAGAGUGUAGUGUGUUCUACAUUUUCAAAAUCUACUUUCCUGUGUUUUCAAUCAAGAUGAGCUGUUUCUGAUUCCAUUCUAGCAAAUAAAAUCUCACCUGAGGCUUUGGACACAUCAAUCUUCAAUUAGCAUUCAAGUAACAAAGGAGUUCUGGACAGCUAAGAUGAUUAAAUCUUGGGGUAAAACUGGAGAGAGAAAACCAUUUACUGUAAUAGAAUCAUGCUCUGUUUAGUGGGGGUAAAAUUAUAUUGGAUAUGUAUUUUUUGCAAGUUAUUUUCAGUAACCAAAACCUUGAAAGUUUGUUCAUCUGUAAAUAUAACCUCUGACCUUUUCCAGGCCAGUUGGUCAUGAGAAAAGGACUCAAGUGACCCUUAUUAUUUCAACUUGAAGUCCUAAUUUAAUUAUACUUUUAGAAGGCAAAGACCUUUACUGCCUAAAUGGCCUUACCUACCCUUCUUUGUUCAUAAAAGCUAACAGUCAACGAGUCGGUCUCAACUGGAUGAAGUCAAAAUAAUGUGUCUAUCGGUGUUUAGUACCCGUUUUAAAGCAUGGUAACCCUUGCCUGGCACUAAAAUGUGAUUAAACACCCAUUCCUGUUACAUCUGUACCUGAAAAGGAAGAGCAAAGCAAGAAACAAGAUGGGUGCCGAGCACUAGAAAAGGAUACCAUGAGGGUAAAGAUUGUGAAAGUCAGUCAAGAUAAUCAGUGACGGUGGACAAGGCCGAGAAUGAGGAUUGUUACAGGAAUUUAAGAGUUGUCAUGUUGAAGUCAUGGAAAUAAUGGUCAAAGACAUGUAAUUUGGAUUGUGGCUACUUGGUUGAGGAAACAGCUCACCUGAAAGCUGAAUCUGCUCAAGUCCCAGAUCCCCGCGGUUUGUUUUUGUUUUGUUUUUAAAGCUGGCAUUCUAAUAAUACCCUCUUGUCUGGUCUCAAGAAGGCAGACAUUACAAAGGAGCUGAAAUCUAGGAACAGGAAGAGCCUCAAACCUAGGUUUCUAAUGACAAAGUACUAUAAACCUUCUAGCAUCUGAACUCCCACAAGUUUUCAAUAGACAAAUCCAGGCUGCGGAGAUGGCUCAGUGAGAAAAGGACGUGGUGAGCAUGUGUGAAGACCUAAGUUUGGAUCCCCAGAACCCCUAUGAAAGCUGGGCAUGACUGUAUUUGUAACCCUAGUUCUCAGAAGGAAAGGGAAGUAGAUCUGGCAGAUUGGGGGAGGGGGGGGGCACGUUCAGCCAGUGAACUCUAGACUCAAAGAACCUGUCCAAAAAAAAAAAAAAAAAAA